AUGCCGGUUUCCAGAGUUUCGCCUUACCCGCUUCGUUCUUGUAGGAGCAAGAAACAAAAGGAAGCUGAAUCACCUCUUGAGUCAGAGAGUGUGAGUGAAUGGGAAGAUGUGAGGUGUGUCAUCUGCAUGGAGCCGCCUCACAAUGCCGUUCUCUUGCAAUGCUCUUCCUUCUCCAAAGGAUGUCGUGCUUACAUGUGCGACACAAGCUCCCGUCACUCCAACUGCUUCAAGCAGUACCGCAGAAACAACAACAACAGCACAAGCCGCUGCAAUGGGAAGACUCUAAACUGUCCGUACUGCAGAGGAGAGGUUUACGGGACAAUGAAGUCGACUUGUGCAAGGAGAUUCAUGAAUGCUAGACCGAGGUGUUGUACGAUGGACAAGUGCGAUUUCUCGGGGACCUAUUCUCAGCUGAAGAAUCACUUGAAAACUGAGCAUCCCGGUUUCACAGCGCUAAAGUUGGACCCAUGGGAGCAACACAUGUGGGAGCAGUUGGAGAGAGAGGCGGAAUACAUUGAGAUGAUCAAUGCUCGGCAGAGAUGGGAAGCAGAACAGAGAUUGUUGGCCAGCUCUCUCCAUCAGCUUCCGUACCACCAUUCCAUCAUUGAUCUCAACUUUGAUGCGUUCAUUCAUAAUCUUUAUAUCGAUGCAUCCACGGAGAGCCGUGCAAGGAGCCAAGUAAACACCACCAGUUUCCCGGCUCACAUGCCCCGGUUGGAGUUCCAUGGACCCAUGUAUCCCAGAUGGACGCCUUGA